AUGGCAUUCGAGUGCCUUCUUCGUUUCAUCAACGACAGGGGGGAGACUUGCUAUGGUAAUGUUCCGAGAGGCGUAGAUAUAGCAUCAAUCGUUGGAAAGGAGGUCGAUGCAUUGGAUGGAAGUCCUCAGGCAGGGUUCACAUCGGUCAACAAACAAUCUGUAGUUAAAGAGGUGCUCUGCCCGAUCGCAGAAGUGCACAUAUUCCAGUGCAUAGGCCUCAAUUAUCGACAGCACGCCAAGGAAGCCAAGGCAACAAUCGCUCCAUAUCCCGUGGUGUUCUCAAAACCUCCAGAUGCUCGUGCUGGCCCGUAUGAUGAUGUGCACGUCCACCGAGAUGCACAGUCGAAGCUUGACUACGAAGGCGAAUUGACAGUGAUAAUAGGAAAAGACUGCAAAGAUGUUAAUGAAGAUGAUGCGUUGAAUCAUGUGCUGGGUUAUGCAGUCGGCAACGACAUCUCGGCGCGCAAUUUUCAGGCCAAAGAGGUGUCCGGAGGUCAAUUCGGCUAUGCCAAAUCGUUCGAUAGGUUUGCACCUAUCGGUCCAGUAAUAGUGUCACCACUUGUAAUCAAGGAUCCACAGAAUCUCGAGUACACCACCAAGGUGAACGGUGAGCUGAGACAAAAGACCAACACAAGUGACAUGAUAUGGUCUGUGCGUCAGAUCAUUGCGCAUUUGAGCAGAGGUACGACACUUCGGGCUGGAUCUGCAAUUAUGACCGGUACACCUUCGGGCGUCGCGCUGUUCAUGGAGGGAGGGAAAGGUUUCCUGAAGCAUGGUGAUGUUGUCGAAAUUGAGGUCGAAGAGAUCGGUGCCAUCAAGAACAGAAUCGUUUUCGAUGCUUAA